UUUUUAUGAGAAAAAAAGGUUGAAAAAAGACACAAAAUAGGCUGUAAAUAUAAAAAUGAGUUGGUAGAUAUGAGUUCUCCGUGUAUUAUAGAUGAAUUGAUUAGUCUUGAAGAACUGGAAAAACUGUAUAAAAAGUGCCUUGAAAGUACAGAAAAAUGCGAUAUUAUUGAAGAUCUUGUAAAGAAUAUUUGUUCUAUUGGGGAUUUUUCGAGAGAACUGGAAAAUAGAGAAUAUAUUGGAAAAACAUACACCAAUUUUAUGUUUUCGAUAAUGAAAGAUGCUUUAAAUAUUGAUAAAAGAUGUGUCUUUCAAUCUUUGCGUGUGAUUGGUAACUGUUGUAUUGAUCAUGUUAAGAACCGAAAACGUGUUUUGGAAUUGUGCGGCGAGGAUAUUCUUAUGGAUUUUCUGGAGCACGAGGAUCUUAGUAUAUACACAGUAUCUCUUACAUCCUUGUUAAAUUUAUGCAUGGAUUCUGAUGAAGCAACUGAAAUACUUAAUAGAAAAAAUGCUGUUUCAAGGAUUCUUAAAACUACGAAUUUCCAUACGAAUUUUGAUAUAUUGGCAAGAAUUAUAGGAUGGUUGAUGUCUAAAGAAGAGAAGCACUAUGAUCCAAACUGUUUUAUAGGAUUUUUGUCAGUUGUUCAAUUAUGUCCAAAUAAUGUUGCUGAUAUAUUCUCUAUUAUUCUUUCAUUUCUUCCUCAAAAUGAUAUACAAUUACUCUUAGUUCAAUCAGAAAAACUAUAUGAUUUACUUCAAUAUUUUUAUCGUAUGGUGCCUUGUCAAGAACAUUUUAAUUCUGAGAAUAAGGGUCUUAUUUCUAUGUUAAUUAAUUUGUUUGGAGAAAUAGCUGCAAACAGUGAUUUUUCUGAAUAUAUAUUAAAUAACGAACUUAUAAUGGAUAUGCUUUUAAAACAUCUUGAAAUAGAUUCUUUUUAUAUUUUAAUAUUAUGCAGUUGUGUUAUGCUUGGAAAUUUGGCUCGAACUGAUAAAACCUGUAUCUAUUUUGUUCAUGAAUUAAAGCUAUACGAAAAAUUGAUCAAUAUUAUUAAUUUCUCUGAUGAUCCAAAAGUAAUUUAUUCGAGUUCAGGAUUUUUGAAAAACCUAUCUAUACCUAAAAAUAACAAGUCAAUAAUUGGAGAAGCAGGAGGAAUAAAAUUAUGUACAAAACUGUUUACUUUUGAUUCUGUUAAGCCAAUACUAUAUAUAGCUGUAUCUAUUCUUAGACAGUUAAUUAUUGAUAAUGGAAAAAAUGCUUCUUUUUUUGUUGAUUCUGGUAUUUUUAUGCAAUUAUUGGAGCUUCGAAGAAGAACAGAUGAUCAUUUUAUAAUAAUGGAAUCAUCUAGGAUUGUUUCAACUAUGAUACGUACUAUUAACUUGUUUAAAUUAUUCGAUAUCGAAAAGAAAAUGCUUCUAUAUCCUGAUUUUGAAAAUAUUUUUAAAGAUAUGAUUGUUCAAACUCAGUAUCCUGUUAUACGUACAGAGGCUAUUUUUGCUCUUGCGUUGAUUUCUCGGUUUUAUGGAUCAGAAUUUAAAAAAAUUGUGUUUAAUCUUUUACAAGAUGAAGUGAUAUUGAAUACUCUUAUAGAAUUGGGAAAAACUGGGACAAAGGAUUUGCGUGAUAAUCUACGAGUUCUUCUUUUUUCCAUAAAUUCUGAGUUUCAAAAUGAAUCGAUAAACGCGGCAUUUUUACUUUUAAGCCAAUGUACUGAUUAGCCAUUUUAUUGUUUGUUUGGAUUUCUUAAAGAGCUUAUAU